AUGCGAGGGGAGCUCCGUGCCAUGCUGCAAUGGCGGGAGGCGGAUUUCCAGGAACGAUGCACCUACAUCGUGAAGGACCAGCCGUGCGAAAUGCUCACGCGCCCCGACGUCCCUCGCGCACAAGCCUCCUUACCCCGAAACUUGGCCUUCCGGUGCAACAGCAGCCACAAGGUGGUGGCGGUGCUGAGCCGAGAGUACAUCCCGUCGGGCACGCGCUUCGGGCCGCUGGUCGGGGAGGUCUACACCAAAGAGAACGUGCCAAAGAACGCCGACAGGAAGCACUUCUGGAGAAUUUACUCCCCGGGGGGCGAGCUUCACCAUUUCAUCGACGCCCGGGACCCCCGCCGCAGUAACUGGAUGCGCUACGUCAACCCCACCCCUGACGCCCCGGCCCAGAACCUGGUGGCCUGCCAGAACGGCCUGGAGAUUUACUUCUACACCCUGAAGCCCAUCGUGACGGGUGCCGAGCUCCUGGUGUGGUACAAUUACGAGUUUGCUGAGCGCUUGCAGUGCCCACUGCCGAGGGAGCUGGCCGAGGAGCUCGAGCACGAUGGUAUCCGGAAAUCCACCGCAGAAGCCCCCACCACACCGGGGCCUCAGCCACCACAGGGGGGCUCGGCCGCCAACCCAAACCUCACAGCUAAGCUCACAAAGAAAAAGGAGGAGGAAGAGGGCGAUGAAGAUGAGAGCGUUGACCUGGAAGCGCUGGACAGGGGCCUGCCACCGAGCCCAUCAAGAUGCCGACGUGUGGCGUUGCGUGGGCAGCUCCCCCAGGAAGUCAAGCAGUGGCCCCUGGGGUUUAGCCCUUUCCCCAAUGCCCCUGGCAAGGAAGGGGCGCCUGAGAAGUCCAGCCCUCCAUGCCAAAGAGCCGCGAGCCCCAGGAACCAGCCAGUCCUCAACUGCUGCCCGUACGGCCCAACUACCUCGCUGUGCAAGGAGCUACAGCGCUGCCUCAGUAGCCUCUACCCUUCCUCCCCUCUGUAUUUGCCAACGGGCCACCUGCCCCAGCCAUAUCUUUAUGCCUGCGGCCCCAUCCCUGCCCACUACCCCCAGUUUGCGCUGCCCCCCCACGCCGUGCCCUUCCUGCCAGCGCCGCCCAUGAGCAGGGUGGGGAAAGUCCCUCCCUUAGGGUUGCCUUCGCAGGAGCCGCAGGUAUACGCCCGUGCCCGGGGAGGCGGGACAUCUCCAUCCCCAGGCCUCUACGCAACUGUCUUGCCUCAUGGAAAACAAGAAGCCCACGAGCUCCGGAAGCCACAGGAUGUUUUAAUCUCCCUCCAAAGCAGCGCUUUCUCCUUUCCAGGCUUGGACUAUGGACCAAAGCAGUAUUUGUCCCCUGCUGGGGGCACCUCAUAUACCUCUGAAGUUCAGCAACAGAAACCUACCUCCCUGCUUGCCCAGCCACUGGAGGCCAUCAAUCUCAGCACAUCAAAGUGCUGCCCGCCAGCCGGCCGCUUGGGCACCACGCCCGUGCCCUACCCUCUGAAGAAGCAGAACGGCAAGAUCAAAUACGAGUGCAACAUCUGCGCCAAGAGCUUCGGGCAGCUCUCCAACCUCAAGGUCCAUUUGAGGGUGCACAGCGGCGAGAGACCCUUCCAGUGCCACAUCUGCAAGAAGUGCUUCACGCAGCUGGCUCACCUGCAGAAGCACCACCUGGUGCAUACGGGCGAGAAGCCUCAUGAAUGCCUGGUCUGCCACAAGCGCUUCAGCAGCACCAGCAACCUCAAGACCCACCUGCGGCUGCACUCGGGCGAGCGGCCGUACCAGUGCCGCCUCUGCCGCUGCCGCUUCACCCAGUACGUCCACCUCAAGCUGCACAAGCGGCUGCACGAGCGCAAGCGCCCACACCGCUGCCCCAGCUGCCCCAAGACCUACAUCCACCCCUUCAGCCUGGCGCUGCACCGCCGCGGCUACUGCCCGCUGGCCCCUGGCGCCGCCGGCCCCCCCGCCCAGCUCGGCCACUUCAACGCCAUGAUCGACCACUUCGACUUCAGUCUGGACGCCGAGCGCCUGGAGGGGGAAGGGGCCGACCCCGCCCGGGCUCCCGGGCUCCUGGAGAAUCUCAUCCUGAGGGAGCUGGAGACAGGCAGCCGUGGGCAGCUCCCCAGGGACAAGGGCCCCUGCUUGCCUGGCCUCCACAAACAGCUGCCGCUCCUGCCCCUGCCCCACUACAGUGUCUCUGUCAAGCAGGAAGACUUCCCAUUGCAGCCGGCCUGA